GUUUCUUGACUGUGACAAAAUAUUUCUAACUUUGUCAGAUUUGUUUAGUUUCAGCUUUUUUAUUUUAUGACGAUCUCACUUCUUGACAGACAACUUCCUAGGACGAGCUUCUAUGGAUUGUUAAUUGGACAGCAUCUUGAACAUAGAACAUAGACCUAGGAGGAUCUUAAGAAAACACUUUACCUAAAUUGAAGAACUAAGACAUUUACAACUCUACCAAUAAAGACUUGACUGGAUCUGACUGAACUGGACAGACUUCGAAGAAUUUUUAUUUUGAAGUCAGGAAUCCGUUCAUGGCUGUUAAAAUGAAAAUCGAUGACAAUUGAGUUUUUAUGAAAAAAUGCUAUAAUUUUCUUUUUUUUUUUUGUUAUGUUUCAGAUAAGGUGGGCCUUGGUAGCAGCAAUUUUUGUCUGCUACACGGAAGCGUUCGGUGGCGGACAUGAACAUGUUCACAUAAGGGUACAUGUUCCCAAAAUCAUUCAAGAGGUUCACCAUGAGAAGCCUGAAGUUCAUCAUAUCGAAGAACACACUCAUGAAGAAACUCACCACGAUCACCACGGCGGCGGAUUCGGUGGAGGUUUCGGAGGCGGUCAUGGAGGCGGCUAUGGCGGAGGAUUCGGAGGCGGUCACGGAGGUGGCUUUGGAGGCGGCCACGGAGGCGGAUUCGGAGGAGGUUACGGACACGGAGGUGGAUUCGGAGGCGGUUUUGGGGGAGGCCACGGAGGCGGUUACGGUGGUGGUCAUGGAGGAGAUGAGCACAUCGGAGGCUAUGAAGACCACGGGGACGAACAUGGAGACUUCUCCAGCAGUGGAGGCGGUGACGAUGGAGGUUACAGUUAUGGAGGUGGUGACAGCUAUGGACAUGGCGGUGGAUUUGGAGGUGGACAUGGAGGCGGCUUUGGAGGUGGUCAUGGAAGCAGCUUUGGCGGCGAUCAUGGUGGUAGUUUUGGAGGAAGUUAUGGCGGCGGUCAUGGAUCAAGCAUCGGCGGUGGUUAUGGCGGCGGUCAUGGAUCAAGCAUCGGCGGAGGUUACGGCGGCGGUCAUGGAGGAAGCCUCGGUGGCGGUUACGGCGGUGGUCAUGGAUCAAGCUUUGGCGGCGGUCAUGGAGGAAGCCUCGGUGGCAGUUACGGAGGCGGUCACAGCAGUGGCGGCAGCUCCAUCGUGAGCGUCGGCGGUCACGGAGGCGGCAGCUACAGCGGUGGGGACUCGUACGGCGGUGGGCACAGCGGUGGCGGUGGGGACUUCGGCGGCUACAGCUACGGCGUGGGCCAGGGCAGCGGCAGCAGCGGCGGUCUUGGCAGCUACGGCGGCGGCCACGGCAGUCACGGCUGGGACUAGCAGCAGUUGCGGCUCCUCCCCCCACCACAGACUGAUCAUCCCUCUCAGGUCCCCUUCCCCAAUUGUUGUUAAUGUUGUUAUAUAUUUUGUAUAUAGUAUUUACUACUGUAAAUAUACAUCUAUUUUUAUAUAAAACAUA